AAGGCCAGACGGGGUGAAAGACGAGUCCUCCCAGGCCCUGUGCCACUGCCAGCCGCCAGUGUCACCCUCCCGUCAUGGUGAGCCGUCGGUGGUCCGUCUCUUCCGCUGCUUCUUAAAUCCGUCGCUUCCUCACCAUGGAGCUCGAAAAGUGGCCCAUUUUCAGCCUCCUUAAGCCGGAGUUUGUGGAGAAGAUGAAGCUUGCCUGCGUGUUUGGAAGCAUAGGAAACGAGGCUAUCAUAGUGACCAAGGAUGAUGAUGUUUACGCCAUGGGGUUCAAUGGUGCUGGUUGCCUUGGAGUUGGGGACCAGAACAGCACCAUGGAGCCUCGGAAAAUUGAACCCCUCUGCCAAAAAAAAGUGAAAGGUAUUGCAUAUGGCAGUGGUCCUCAUGUGUUGGCCUAUACAGAGAGUGGAGAGUUAUAUUCCUGGGGCCACAAUGGGUACUGUCAACUAGGUAAUGGAUCCACCAAUCAGGGACUCACACCUUAUCUGGUCACCACACACCUGCAUAACAAGCGGGUGACAAGGAUCGCUGCUGGGUCACACCAUUCACUUGCAUUGACGGAAGAGGGAGAGGUGCUGGCUUGGGGUCAAAACAAUUAUGGACAAGUUGGAUCAGGAACAACAACAAAUCAGCCAACCCCUCGACGAGUUAUCGGAAACAUAGGUGGGAGGCAAGUUGUUGACAUAGCCUGUGGCCAGACAUCCUCCAUGGCAGUCAUGGAUAAUGGAGAAGUAUAUGGUUGGGGGUUGAACAGCAGUGGGCAGCUUGGUCUUGGGAACAAUGUGAACCAACAGAGCCCAAGUAGAGUGACAGCUCUCCAGGGUGUGAUCACAAAGAUUGUUUGUGGAUAUUCCCAUACACUUGCAUUAAGUGACGAGGGCAACUUGUGGGCUUGGGGUGCCAAUAGCUAUGGACAGCUGGGCACAGGAAACAAAGCUAACCAGUGUGUUCCAGUCAGAGUAGCACAGGAACUUGGACGUAUUGUUGAUAUUGCUUCCUCACACUGCUGUCACUUAUCAGCUGCAAUGACUCAGAACUCAAAAAUAUAUUUCUGGGGACAUUGUAAAGGUCAGAGUGUAGUAGCUCCCAUGGAGACAGGAUUUAGCAGUUUGCACGAAGUAUUUGCCCUUUGGGCAUCUCCAAGUGUAACUUAUGAACCAAUCAAUGUCUCAGGCUUCACACGAUCUUCCUUAGCCCAAGCAAUGUCAGUUGCUUUGGAUGAUGAGGAGACGGCUGAUGUUGUGUUUGUGGUUGAUGACCGUAGAAUUAGAGCCCAUCGAGCAGUUCUCAAGAUAAGGUGUCAAUACUUCCGUAGUAUGUUUCAAGAACACUGGAAAGAAAAUAAUUUAGAAGAAGUGGAAGUGAAGGAUUAUUCCUUUGUUGUGUUUCGAGCAUUCCUUCAGUACAUUUACACUGAUACUGUUGUUGUUUCACCGGAGGAUGCCAUUGGUUUAUUAGAUUUGGCCAAUGCAUACUGUGAAGAGGCCCUGAAACGCCACUGUGAACGUAUAAUUCGACAUGGUAUAACCACAGAAAAUGCUGCAAUGCUCUAUGCUGUUGCCAUUAAAUAUGAAGCAACAGAGUUAGAGGAAUUCUGCUUCCGAUUUGCUCUGAAUCACAUGACAGAAGUUGCACAAACAGAAGCAUUCAUGGCACUAGAUGAGUUGACAGUUAAGAACUUCAUCCAACGAGCAGCACAGCAUGGAGCCUUCAAGUACUGAUAUUCUAGCUACUUGUUGAUGAGAAUCUCACAACAGCAGCAGCAGCCCAGGCACGGCCAACACUCUUAAUGUCACAGUCAGGGUGUUGUGAGUGGCAAGGCAAAGGGGUCAGUGGUGGUCUGAUACGGGCAGUGGUGACAAGAGAGAUAAUAUCAUCAGCAUUCAUCUUGGGGACAGCCAAUCAUCAGUGAUGUCUGAGAUGUGUGAUAUGUUUUAAGAAAUUUUUUUAAAUUUACAGUUUCAGAUGCUCCAAUGCAGAACAAAUAAGAAAAGAAAAGAAAAA